UGGCUCUUGGCGCGUUCUUUGCAUUCGUUCGUCUGUUUGUCUGUUCGUCUCGUGUUCUACUGCGAUCGUCGACCGUUCUACGAACUCUUCCACGACUGUGUGUGGUCCCUGGAUCUGGAUUCGCUGGAAGUUCUUGCUCUCCGGAACACGAUAAAAACGGGACGAUCCUUUCGAUCGAUACGAAAUAGGGAAGAUCGAGCGUGACACGACGUUUGUUGAUCACAGGAUUCGUCGAUCGGAGUUCGGAGAUUUUUCGAGUACCCCGGAGGACAUUGUGGUCGACGUAGUGUCGAUUCUAGAGAAAGAAGACUGGAAUAGCAACAGAGAGGAUUCGACAAUGCUGGCGAACGUGUAGCGAGCACGCGGAGACUUCGACGACCGGUACGAGGAUGUCGCGCGUCGUGGACCACCCUGACCGUCGUUGUCGUCACCGUGUACCGGUGACGACGAUCCUCGCGGCGAUCUUACGGUGAGAUCGCGGGGCCCGCGUGUACGUGUCUCUGCGCGAGCUUUUCCGUGUAUAAAUAGACUCGAUACUCCAUCUCGGAUUACGAGAAACAGCUCCGAUUCGCGAAAGUAUACGCGGCCAAGUGUAAUCAUUUACAUGUGAGCAGGAAGAAAUCCUUGUAUCUAACAACCGAUACGAGUAAUCCAAUAAACGUUCCGUGAAAAUAGUGUUAUGAUCGUCAAGAAGAUAUCGGUGCACGGUUUCGCAGCAGGGACAAGUUUUAUUGGAGUUUGAAAGUGGUGACAAGUUCGACGAAAAGUGAUCGUUUUUCGAACGAUGAUCCCAGGCAUGACAGCUGGUAGUUCGAUAUCAAGUGCAAGAAGGAAGGCGUGAUUGAUCAGGGAAACGACGAAGGGAGUAGCAAUUGUCAGGAAGUGCAAUUUUCGCGAUAGUAACGCACGUGUACAUGUAAGCUCCUCUUCGCUUCACACGACGCCCGUGGGAAGCUGUACUAAUCCCGGAUUAAUGCACGCUGGAAAUCACAGCAUGGAGGACAUAGUGACGGUCGUCAGUACGAGCACACCAAGCACCAACACGGUUCAUCCCAGCGUAAACGACAUGGACUGGUUUGCCGGUGUGGCCGAGGAGGAACUGCUGUACUACACGGGCGUCGGCAACGACGUCGAUUCUCUUUGGGCUGUGAUCGGGAGCUUCGUACCACCGCCGCCUAGACCACCUUAUUUACCCGAGGAGGGUGUUACCACCGACGGACUUACCACUUGUGAUUUGUGUUCGUGGGCGUGGAGGAACAACAGGCAUUCCUUUUCUCUCGACGGCACUCUCGAAGCUCCUGGAGAACUCGGAUGGGUGCUGACUCUAGUGAUAGUGUCCUUAGUAUCGGCUGGCAUCGGGGCUGUGGUCAUGGUGACUCUUCUUCAUUGUCGAAGGUUGAAAAGCGCUGGUGGCAGAGCGAGUUGCUGUACCGUCGGUGUCGAGGAUUCGAACGCUCAGGAAGCCGGCGGCCCAGGUGGUGGAGGAGGAGCUGGCGGUGGAGUGGCCGUUAUACCUGACCGGCCGCCUCUCGAGCUCGAUAAGCUGCCACCUUAUCACGACGUCGCUCCUAGUCCUGGGCACAAUGUGUGGUCGUGGUUAGGCUCGCGACGCGGCGGCGGUACACCGGGAGUCGUCACGACGCCUCUGUCGCUUCCGCAACACAGACGGGCGAUGAAUCUCCCUGUGGAGAAUCACUACACCCACAUGCAAACGGACGAGGCUCUCUACGCAGAACUGGACUCUCAGGCCGCGAGCUACGCGAGCGAUCUCCAACUACAAAUGAGAGGAAGCUCGACGUACGGUACAACUUCCGGCGGGCAGGACGACGAAUACCACGAGCUAGACGCCGCGAGGUUACAUCGUCAUUACGGUGGAAGCAACGGGGACGAAUCUUUGCAAAGGGACACGCUUCGUACACGUCACAGUAAAAGGUUACAAGAACCGGAUUACGAAAUGUACGAGAACGGACCGUCAACGCCAGUCCCGCCAGGUCAGAUGCAACAUCAUCAUCACCAUCAUCACCAUCACAAUCAUCACCAUCACCAUCAAGAUCUGCGGAUCGGUAGCAGAAACGGUGACCACCCGUCGUAUCAAAACACAGCGUACACCGGAAGCGACGCCGAACCGGAUGGUCCAACUUUGAGCAGCGCGCCAAGCAGCGCCUACUACAGCGACCUGAGCUCGAAUUCGGCGAAUCAACAGAUGCCUACGGCGGCGUCUUCUGGAAGCAGCACGAAUCUGCAUCUGAACCAACAGGGUCUAGAAACCCCUCAGUAUCGUUUGGCUGCGAUAAACGAGAGCUCCGUGCCUUCGGACUAUAUUUAGAAUGAAAUUUCUCCAUUGUGAAUUAACAACCAGUGAAAUGUUCUUUUUCGGAUAAUCGUGUUUCGAUAUCUCUUUCCACUUGUUGGAAUAGCGAUCCCGGAGUGUUUGAUCGAAGAGAUCGAAGACUGAAGCUUUGAUCUGAUGACGAUCAGGACUCAAGAAUAUCUGUGUGGAAUUGUGAAGAAAAUAGACGAUCGAGUGUAUUACGUUGGAUCAAUGAGAUGAGAAAAAAGAAUUUUAUGACAACGAAAUUCGCGUCAUCAACGCAUUGCGUGAAACGAUAGUGCCAUAAAUAUUAUUUGACAUACAGUUCCACUCUCAUUUCACAUACUUGCAAACUAUUCCUCGGCUCUCGAUGGUCGAUACUGUCUUCAAGAAUACAUUGCCUGUUGCACUCAGAAGAGCAGAGUAAUUCUCGCGCUAUGUGAACCAAACUUGCGUAACGAAAUUUUAUAUUACGUAUACAAUGUUGUUAUUGUUCUUCUCUCAGGGAAUGACCGUUCACAGAGAGAAUUAGUCUGCGGACUUAUUAAUGAUCUAAUACGUUACGAGUAUUAGCCUUAUUAUUGUAACGCGGCAACGGGACAAUGGAUUCGCCAGCGUUACUCGGUCUUCGGCAGUUUUGAUCUAUUGAUCGAAUUCGUUCGUGCACGCGAAACGAAAAGGUCUCCUCGAGAAGGCAACGAGAGCACGAAGUGGCGAAUGCACGAAACCGAUUGGAAUGAAGUCGUUUCGGGGAACAGGUGUUUCGUAAUUUGACGUUCGAGGGCUUUCAGUCGGCGCUCUCAACUACAUCCGCUUUGCUUUUGCAUUUCGAGCGAAUGGCAUGAACUGCUUCUUCGAUGGUAUUCCCCUUUCUUUUCUCCGGUAUACGGUGUUUCGAAAUUCUUGUACCUUCUUCAAAUAACUUCGACUCCUCCGAUAGAAAGAAUAUUUGCUAUUGAAUUGUGCGAAUAUUUCCGUUACAUUGCUUUCCAUUUUUAACGUUCAAUAUCUAAACUGAGAUUUUAACAGGAAAUCAUUUUCACAAACUAUCUCCUACUAAUAUAAGAUUCUAAUAGUUACGUAUUGAUUUCCUCGAUUAUCCGGAUCAAUUUUAUAUGAGACCAAUGGAUGUGUCGAUACCUAUAAACGUAAAACAUAAAUCAUAUCACGGAUUUAAAAAAUAAAAUAGAUAUCACAUCAUCAGAGAACUUGUUUCAACGAGGGCGACUGUUUCACGGCAUCGCGCGACGGUGUUCGCCACUGAAUCGUUAAACAGGAUUCGGGCGCUCCGUCAGGCUCAAUCGUUUAUCUUCGACCCUCGUUCGACCGCAGAAUUAAUUCGUUUCACCCGAUUCGGCAGGACUCGUUUAAUCGACGCCGUCGUGUUCUCUUAAUUACCUUCCCUCGGACAGGCUCGAUUGUUUCUUCGACAGAACACGAACUGGAAGAGACGUUUUGCAUCGAGAUUCCGCACCGCGCCCGCGUUUACGUCUUUCAUUUGUAUCUCACCUGCGCCUACCUGUCGCCACGAGAUUACACUACACACCUUCCACGUUUACUUAUCGCGUCAUCCCUUUAACCAACGAAAUUCUUUCUUUUUUUACAUUCACGCGAAUCUUUUCGCAAACUUUGAAUUAACAUGAAAACUUAAGUGACGAUUCACGAUUGUCGAUUCUGUAAGUCUGAGUACAACGUCGUUAACAGAUUGUAGACGUUUGUGGUAAAAAUUCGUACUUUUACGAGUACGAUUAAUCCUGCUGUACUCUCAUUCUUUCUUCAGAUAUCUUCUUUUUCUUUUGGAACACUGUAAAUGUAGAAACGUCCAUAGUUCUUUCAUUAAAAUAAGCCUCUCGGAAGAUAAACUGGUCACUUCUUGUAAAUUCCUGAAUUUCAUUACAUAAAUAAUAUAAUUGAUGUUCAAUUUUCAAAAAGCAGAUGGUUUAACUCGUAAGAUCAUGUAUCGCAAAGAAAUGGUAUAAAUAACGGCAAGUUGUUAUGUAGAUUUAAAGAGAUAAUGCCUGUAACGUCAAUUUCUUGUACUGCCUAGUUUGUGAAAAUGAUCAGUGCGACUUCUGAAUGAUUCAAAUAAGGAAACCACCUGCGCAAAAAAAGAAGCUCAACAAAUAGAGAUAAGAGUAAUGCAAGUCAAGCGUCCAUGACAGUUGCCACGUUCACUGGAAUUGCCGAAAUGCGAAAAGUACAUACUUUUUUUUCUCUCAAUCGUCCGUGUAUCCCGGUAAGCCAACGUAAAUUACGUCGGUACUACCGUGAGCUCAUAAAUUACCGUGGCCCUCCGGUUCGUUGUACACAAAGAAACGCGAUGUUUCGUUGGCCGAAAAACCAUUCCGCGGUGCGGAAUCAUUCACAGCUCUCUGCCACUUAACUAUACACACCGAAGAGAACGCGGAGCGUGCAACAACAGAUGCAACAAUGCACUGCCUCGUGGCCACGCAAUAAUUAAUUGCGCCCUCGCAGCCACAAUGGCGAUAGGGAGAGACGGCGGUGCUUGGCGCAUUAUUUCCCCGAAAAAAAUCCCACGAACGCGGCGCGUUGUCGGAUGGGUAGGCUCUUAUCGUGGUCGUGUUACGCGAACAGGAACGGUAUUAUGGAAUUCGUUGGUGCCUGCGCUUAAUUAAGGCCCGAUUUUCUCCGCCAGGAUCUUCCGCAUUUAAGCGACGAGCUUGUAUCGGUCAAACUCGCGAGCGAUUUGCAGCUGCGCGCCAGCAUACUUUUGUCUCCUUGCUUAAGAGAUACUUAGGAGCAUCUUCGAGGAUGAGGCGAAGAAAAAAAGAUUCGCUUCGUUUACUUACAAUAUUUACAAAAGUCUAGAAAUUCUUCGAACUAAACGAAAAUCUAUACGGAAAAUGAUUUAAAACCUUAAAAGCGCAUUUUCGUCUUGGACGACAGUAAGAAAAUCGACAGCGCAGCAGGAUCGUGGGAAUUUAUCUCGUUGAAUUCCCGCGAAUUUCUCGAUUGUCUGUUUACUCGUUACAAAGACGACACGGAGAGCGUGGCGAAGCACGCGUCUAGGAUGCAGCGAAAGGAAUACGGGGCCGUAAGGACGUUCGGACCCGCCCUAGCUGAACACACACCACCUUCGUCCCUGCUACGGGAUAUAUAAAUUAUACAUGUAAAUAUACGGGCGUCCGGGCCGAGAAAGAUCGAACCGUGAGAUAUCGAGAUAUGUGUUGGCGACCCGCACACCUCGCCUCCUACUUUCACCUCUUUUUGCUCGUUUUCUACUCUCGUCCCCCUUCCAAAGGUUACGCUAGCGCGCACGCAUAAACUCACGCAUCUACGUGCCUAUGGCGAAUACCUUUGUCCCCGCUGCCACCGAAACGUCCUUAUGCCCGCGUGCACGCAUGCCGUUCCCGCUAAUUCCUAUGCAUUUUUCGAAUUACCGGUGAAAUCACGGCAGACCCAGCGUUCCUCGUUCCCCGUGGCGUUCCCACACCGGAAAAAUGUUCGUGGAAUGAAACCCCCUGCACGGCUGAAUUGUUCGCCGGCUGCCUUCAGCGCAUCGCGUACUGUCCUCUUGAAACUCGAUUCUCUGAAAACCGCCAAGAACUUUUUGACGAACGAACCAACGAAUUUGCGAAUAAAGUUUCGUAACGAGAGCACUGUGAAUCAAUGUAGUUAUGUAGAACCUGACUAAGAAGUCGUUUAAUCGGAUACUAAGUAAAGUGUCGCAGAAAUGAAAAAAUUCCGUUCUAUCAUUUAUGUGAUAUUCUCUGUAAAGUGGUGCAAUAUGGUGUGUUGAAACUCUUAUUGCGUAAAGAACUAUUACCGAUCGAUUAAAAUCAAAUGCAUCAUUACGAAACAGACAGCGACCUAGCGGUUUAUCUUGGAAACGCGAUUUCGAUCGCGACACUUUAAGGUACAAAUCGCGGAGAACGGAAAAACUACGGUCGCCUUGUACCGACAUAAUAUUUAUGCUGGUUAAAAAAACUGGUAUUGAGAUUUUAUUGCACCAACGACAACGUUCCUGACACAAAUGCACGAUUGACUAUCGAAUUUGUAUUUUCUAUGUGAUGUGAUGUUUCUUGCCUAUAACUUUUGUAAGUAUAGUGAGGGGAUAAGAUGUAAUAUAGCGAUCUAGCAAAGUUCAAUGCGAAAAGUAAUGUAUAAAAUCCAAACGAACAUGUGAAACUGUAAAAAUAAGAAAAUUUAUAAGUUGCUUGUAUUGUAAUUAAUGUUAAUCUUAUUAUUGACAUGAAACGGUGCUAAAAAUGAAUUGUCAUACUUGCGAUUAAAUUAUUUAUAUUUUUAAAUUUCUGAGAAGAUUAGAAAUAUUUUCUUCAUUUCCUAUCGAAGUUGUUAUAUGAAAAUAUCAAAUUAUUAUAAACUUUCAGGAAUUUUUAUUAUAAUGUUUGACAAUUCUACAGUACAACAGAGUAUUAAGUUUUCGUUUAGAAUAAGUGCUGACGCGACUUGUACAUAACGUUGCAAAUUGUAAAGAAAGAAAACUAUUUUAUUUUCAUGUAUAUAAUCGUGAAGCGCUUGUGUGCAUGAAUAAACUUAUUCUGUGCGCAAUUAAAUCGACUAUUGUGACCAAUUUUUAAAGGCAUUGCACUUUUUUGUAUGUAAGAAAUUGUACAGCGAAUAAAGACAAAUUCCAUAUCUACAGACAGUUUCUAUCAAUUAAUAAAUAUGUUUUACGAACUUUUUUAAAUUAUUAGUAACAAAAAGAAUAA